AUGUCAAUGCAGCGCGCAGUAGAAGAAAUCACCAACGUCUUGGAAAGAGAUAGCAUCGCACCAUCCCAGUUUAUCCUCUCAUUACUCACUAGCCGACAGUACAAUAAUCAUCAUAUUGUGCGAGAUUUAGUAGCGCACUCGCCCGAUAUACUCGCAGCAUUUCUGCGGCAUCCUUCAAAGGAAGACACAUUCGAAAACUCUGUGCGUCAGCUCGUUCAUGAACAAUACAUCACCAACAUACGGGAAAUGUCAUCUGAGCGUGCAGGAUGGCAUUUUGGUGCAUCGAGUACAACUACAAAGCAGCUGGAGGACUUCAGCAUUGAGGAGAUGGCCCGAGAGAUGGAAACUAGCGCACCUGCAUUGUGGAACUUGCUGGGGGGGAAAGGGGACGAUGUGCCAAUGUCCAUUGAUGACAGUUACUGGGAUCAGGUGGAAGCAAUAGAUCUCGAGGGGUUUAUCAAUGGACUCACCUCUGAAAACGGUUCGACGGGGCUCAAAGCAGACCGACGUGAGCUGCGUAGCGCUGCGAUUAUCAGCAUUAAAAAAGUUGUCAUUCUCAGUAUUAUGAUGCAAAGCACCAACCACAAAUCCAACGCACUGCAAAGUAUACUUGGUAUAUUCUUGCAGUCCAUGCACACACCGCAGCACGUUGUCGACACCCUCACACGGAUUGGUAUCUCGAUAUCAACGGAUUCAAUCCACUCCGCAAUCAAGUCGUUAUCAAUCGAGUCACAAAACACUAUGCGUGAUCUCGGGCGAUCUCUUCUCGCAUCAUAUGCUUACGACAAUUUCGACGUUGACAUCAAAACACAUGUUCCGUCAGCCGAGAAGUCCAACGAGUCGCUGAAACAUCUUACCUCCGGUUUGAUGUUUCCGCUACAGCAUGGGGUCACUAUUGAUGACCUGAAAUGUUCGGAAGAGCUCUGGGUGAAGUCAAAUUUGAACAUCUAUGCAAGGGACAAUGACUUACCUGCACGGAAAACAUGGAGGGACCUUUUGUUCAUUCACCCGCAGCCACACACAACACCCAACUCAAACCUCACCCGACGCGACAAAUUUAAUUCAUGGAUGUUCUUGACGGACCUAUGCACCCAUGGCCCUGAGUACUUCCAUCGCUUCCGCUCAGAAAUACAAGAGCCAGAAGACGUGGAACAAAUCCCCCUAGUCAAAACACCAAUCAUUGCGACAUGUGCGAUGGAUAUCAACAACUCAACUGAUGUUGUGCGCAAGCCAGAUUGCGUGCUAAGGGUACACAAAUUAUUUCAGCUCUCCAACAAAUGA